AUGGCGAGCGCAGCAAAUGAUCCCCGACUGCUAUACAGCGUCAAUAAUAUCCGUGCUUUCCAUAUCCAAGAUGGCGAGGAGCAGGACCUUACGCCGUCCGGCCCUCAAACGCUAUCACUGCUAAUGGUCCCCACCAACACUACCACUGCUGGCUCUGGGACAGAUUGGCCUGAAGAUUCACUGGAAGAGGAUUUUUAUCUCCACCUCUACCUCCCGCCCGAGCUUGAUAUUGCGAUACCCGCGACCACACAGAUCUUUCACCAACCACCCGACAGUUAUUUGAUUCCACGCUGGGACAUGGGUCCUGAUGUUGGCGCUUUCAUUCGCAUCCAAUUCCCCAGCAUUGGCACAGGCCCUAGUCAUGUGUCUCAGGAUGAUAUUGAUACCUUUGAAUCCAUCCUUGCGCAGUGCACUGCAUUCCUUGAGCGCACCCCGCACCCGAAGGCUCAAGACUAUACUGCUUAUAACCCGGCCGACUAUGCCCCCGGCGAGGGCUAUUUUGGGACUCCGGAUACAAAGAAAGCAGAUGCUCAUGGGAGAAUUGUACUCGUGGAUGAAGAAAACGGCAGUGUGGUUGGAGAGCUAGGAGAUGGCUACAACGUAGUUGAGGAUGCCGACGUGAAGCCUGGUUCUAAAAGACCGGUAGGUAUUGAGCUCCCUGCAGAAGGCGGAGGCAACCAAGUCAGCGUCAGCAAUGUCUCCGAAGAAUACCUGGCGUUGGCCCGGCACCCGGCGUAUAAGAACUCUACACUCGUUCAGACUUCAGCUACAGCAUCUCGUCUGAUCGUGACUGGAUCGACAUAUCUAGCAAGUGCCAUUGCGAGCGGCGCGGAGAAUUUCCAAAAGAAGACUCAACCGAAUGUCAAGCCUCUGAAAUUCUCAGACGCUACUCACGCGCGCAUCCGCAAGGUCGGCACUUUCUCCAACGGAGCAGCGGAUAUUUCUGCUCGCACAGUCGGACAGGUCGGAAGGGUUGCACAGAACAUAGGUGCAUCAUUGGCGCGCAAACAAGAAUCUGGCCGGAACAAAGGCAUCGACAGGCGCAACCCACCACCCGAAUAUAAGCCCGGAGUGCUCAACAAAUCAAUGAUCGCAUUCUCAACCCUCGCCGACGGCAUCGAGCAGAGCGCCCGGAACAUGCUCUUCUCCGGUGCUGGCGCUGCCAGCUCCAUGAUCGAACAUCGUUACGGCAAUGAGGCAGGCUCCGUGGCGACCAACCUGACGGGCGGAAUCAAGAACGUUGGAUUGGUUUACAUCGACGCCACAGGUGUCAGUCGCCGCGCGCUUUUGAAGUCCGUCGCCAAGGGAAUGGUUGUUGGGAAAAUGCGCGACGGUCAACAGGUUGUCGUCGGCGUUGGUGACGGCGGCCAGGUUCCGGCUAACGCUGUGGAGUCUGCUUCGGGCCCUUCUAGCUUGAGCGCCAGGGACCCUGUUGUGCGGCGUGCGUCGCCCAACCCCACACCGCCUCCUGCAUAUGGUGCGUCGGGGACAAUGUCCCUCAACGCCUCGUCUAUGUCAGGGGGUAAGCGGUAA